AGAACACUCAUUCAGUCAUUUCCAGCCUUGUGCAAAGAAGUGCCGGUGUAUGAUACACUUUGCAUUGCAGAAACUUACACAUAGUUUCAGGAAUGAUUUAUGGCGGUUUAACUGGAUACACGAGAAUUGGGGUGUAGCCGAGGGCGUCAUUUCUUUUGGACUACCAGUUCCGAGUAUAGGACAACUUAAUUUUUCUUAAUUAUCGUUAUUAUUCAUUAUUUGUCUAAACUUAUUAUUUUUUGAAGACACUCUUACAAAAGCGCUAUUUUUGGAUUGAGCUAGGAAGCUGUUUUGUCAACAAUUUGGUAACUGGGUUAUUAUGAAUACAAUGAUGUACGGCACACAAAAAAAAUAAAAAUUGGAAACUGUUGAUUUCAACAGGAUGGUGCACCCGCGCACAACGCCCUAAUCGCGCGAGAAUGCCUAUCGAACAAAUUUUCCAUUCUCCAGGAAAUUUUUUUUGGACCAAGCGGUCAUAAUGCAACAAAGCUACAGGGGUCAACGUAAAAGUUCAUGUUAUAAGUUCACCAUUUGAUCGUGACAAUGCAAGAGGAUGGUACAGCGUAUAUGCUACCAGAUCGGGGUAGGACUGGUUCCACAGUAGAGAUGAGGAGGAAGCAUGCGGUAUGCGUCAGAAAUGCAUGUAAACACUACGGCUCUAAAGAAAAUAAAAUUAUUGUACUAGACCAACUGAAUAUGACUGUCCCUAAAGGCACAAUCUAUGGUCUUCUGGGUGCCAGCGGUUGUGGAAAAACGACAUUGCUAAAUUGCAUUAUCGGACGAAUGAAACUAAUCUCCGGUGAGUUAUGGGUGUUAGGGGGUUCGCCCGGAACCAAGAGUAGUGUAUUACCGAGCCCUAAAAUUGGCUACAUGCCUCAGGAAAUUGGAUUAUACGGUGAUUUUACAAUAAAAGAAACUGCAAAAUAUUUUGGUUGGAUAGCAGCAAUGACAACUGAGGAAAUCGAAGAAAGAUUCCAAUUUUUAAAAGAUCUCCUAAAACUGCCCGAAGAUCACCGAAUAAUUAAAUCGUUAAGUGGAGGACAACAGCGCCGAGUGUCAUUCGCUACUAGCUUGCUCCAUCGACCGGAAUUGUUGAUUUUGGACGAGCCGACGGUAGGAUUAGAUCCAGUUUUAAGAGAAACCAUAUGGGAUUAUUUAACGGAUGUUACAAAAAAUGGCUAUACAACCGUAAUCAUAACGACGCAUUACAUUGAAGAGACAAGAAAGGCACAUGUUAUUAGUUUGAUGCGCAAAGGAUACAUUAUUGCCGAGGAGUCCCCAAAUAAACUUUUAUCGCGAUUUGGAAUAAACAGUCUUGAAGAAGCAUUUUUGAAACUGAGCAUAAUUCAAAACUCUCAAAUUACACAUCGGCGACGAAACACUAUUUCCGCUCCAGUUAUAACCGAAGCCAACAUCAUACCUUUAGAAACGCUUAAUGAGGUGGAAGAAGAGUCUGAUGAUAAUGCAUCCGAGUUUGGGGAAUGUGUUGCUAGAAACAGAUUUCAAAAGCGAUUUUCUUUAAUCCCUGACCUGUAUCCAUCUGAACUACUAGAUACCAACACUUACCAAAGUAAAAUAACCGAUUACCUUCCCCAAAUAGAUAUGUUGCACAUGAAAGCCCUAGUUUGGAAAAAUUGUCUAUGGAUCUGGAAGAAUUGGAUCAUAAUCACUGCUGUGGUAGUAGGUCCUUUGGUGGCUUUUGUCUUGUUUUAUUUGGCGAUUGGUCAUAAACCUGUUAACCUUCAAGUCGCGUUUGUUAAUCAGGAAAGCAACGACAACAGUUGCGAUAUUUUGAUGUGCAACAGUACAACUCUGGGUUGCCAAUAUCUGCAGUACGUGAAAGGUGACAGGAUUAAUAUGAUACCGUUUGAAUCUGAAGAAAUGGCAAUCCUCUCCGUUAAAAAAGGACUAUUGCAUGGAUCUAUUACGAUAAGGUAUAAUUAUUCAUCCGCAUUAAGAGCACGUAUAGAAGAUUUUAAACACGUCAAUGCUUGGGAUGUGGUUUAUUCCACGAUUGACGUAUACCGAGAUUCAUCCGUCAAAGACAUUGCCCAAUUCCUAGAUUUCUACAUUCUCGAUGCCUUCGCUCGUUUCGUGAAGGAUUAUUUGAUAUCUUGUAAUGAAAGUGGACUGCUAAUAAAGCUUCCAUUUAAGUGGAAUGAUCCAGUGUAUGGUUCCAACGACACUGAAUUUACAAGGUUUGCAGCUCCAGGAAUUCUGGCGUCGUGCGCUUUCUUUUAUCCGGCUGCAUUAACUGCGAUCGCCUUGCUAGUAGAAAGGCGUGAAGGGAUCUUCGAAAGAUCAGUCGUCAUGGGAGUGACUCCAUUUGAACUUUUAAUUUCACAUAUUAUCUCCGAGUCUGGCCUAAUGCUUAUACAGAUUGGUUCGUUAAUGGCCCUUGCAAUAUUUUUCUUCGAUAUGACCUUAAGUGCCUCUACAGUUCUUGCCACCGGCUUAGUGGCUUUAAUUGGAUUUUGUGGAAUGUGGUUUGGUUAUACGAUAUCGAGUACUUGUGAUGACGAAUCCACAGCUAUCUAUAUUCUUUUAGGAACCUUCCUUCCCAUGUUUUUUUUGUCCGGCAUUUUAUGGCCAAUUGAAGGAUUUGUUUAUGAACUUCGAGCAGCGAGUGCUAUAUUGCCAUUAACACAACCUAGCGAGAGUUUACGGAGCAUUAUUCAGAGAGGCUGGGGGCUUUCUAAACAAAGUGUAUAUAAUGGAUGUAUAACGAUUUCUGUUUGGAUAUUAUUUUUUAUUGUUCUAAGUAUAGUUGCUCUCAAAUUUAAAAGAGCGUAAAUACUUCGGUCUGUGUGUGUAUACUAAUGAAAUGUAUUUAUCAUCAAUUCAUCAUAAAUGUGCAGACCUAAAUAGAUAUAGGGAAUUUUCCAAAAUGUAUGCAUAUGGCCUAUGUAGGUAUAUUUAA